GGCUAAGUAAUAUUCCAGCUGACCUUAUUUCCAGCUAAAAUUAUAUCUCUAUAAUCCGCAUGCUACGUACCUAAUUUUUUUAGAACUGUUGAUGUUUUCUUUUAUUUAUUUUUUAAUAUUAUAAUAUAAGUUUGCCUAAUUUUCGUUAUUUUCAUUAAUUUUAAUUUCUUGAUAAGACGUUUAUAACAUCCACUAUUAUGAUAGAGAAGCCUGAAUUUAGGCUAAUAAUCCGCACUCACGUGAGUACCGUUCAUUAUUUGUAAACAACGUCGUUGACGAACCUGAGCUGAGCUAUUUUUGUCUUGGACUGGCUUGACGAAAAAGGUCUGAUGAAAAAUCGCUGAUCAGGCAUAUAAAGUACAAACCAGAAUGCUAAGACUGAUUGUCAUUGCCGCUGUGCUGGUAUCAUCAGCUAGUGCUGCAUGUAAAUGUGGUCCUGCUCAAUACGUGGGAGGCCUUGGGAGUGUUGUCGGUGAAUCAACACAGCCUCCUCUUGGACUGAACGUUGCUGAGGUUGGUGCAUGGGACUUUGUGAACCGUAGGUUCGGAUUUAAGGUUGAUCUGGUUUAUUCCAAUGGCACUGCAGUCAGCUACAGGAUGAUCCAGAACUAUACAGAGGGUGCUCAGUGGAUUUUCAUAGAUGAGUACAAGUUCUGUGAGAAGCAAAAGGCAGCAUUACCAGAGCCUUCAAAUUGCAUUCCAGAAACUGCGACCUCCUUUGGUAAACUGUACAUUGGAGGCUUUAGUGGAUCUAGUGAGACAUUAGAAGUGGAGACCUGGGUUAAUACAAUCAGUGAAGGCACUCUGAUGGGGUCUGGUAGUUUGUCAGUGAGGACCAAGGACUGUUUCCCUGUAGGUGCUCAAUUCAUGGGCACCAGUACUGAGAUGGGACAAACAACUUCGGUAAUUAUGUCCUCUGGUUGGUAUAACAUGACAGAAGGUAUCCCCCAUCCUGAAGAUUGGUUUACCCUUCCCAGCUACUGCAACUCACAGGAAUCGAAUGCAGUAAAGUUCCAUCCUAUGCAUAAGCUGAAUUUCAAGAGGUUCUUCUAAGUAUUGUCCUGUUGCAAAGGAAUCCAGAUCAGAUGUAUUUUACAUAGGGAAUUUGAUAUUUGAAAAAUUUACAUUUUUUUAUUACCAAUUCGUGAUUUGUAAAUUAUACAAAAUAAUGAAUACACUAUAGGAUAAAUAUUGACUCACAUGGUCCUUGUAAAGUGUAAUGAUGUUCUCUUUAUCAUGGAGGCUUGCACCAAUCAGAGUGGAAGAAAUUUUAUUUCUAUUUUGUGCAUUUAAAUAAUACAUGCUCACCAUCAUGCAUUACUAGUAUCAUGUUAGUAAACCAUUCUUUCAAGACUUGCAUAAUAGCACUGGUGGUAAAUGAGAAUUUGAAAAAAUAAAGAAUUAUCUGAUUUUUAUCUCACUAAAAGAUGAAGCCAGCACUGGGAAGAAUGAAGAUCAAUUAGUAGAGUUUAAGAGUGGGAUCCAGGGAAGACUAGUGUUCAAUUGAGGUUUGUAUUAACUUAGAAAGAGAAAUGCAGUGAUUAAUACAUGAUGUUGAGUAUACUUUGGGCAACCAAUCUCUUGGAAUGACAUGAAGGAUUGGUGUCCCAAUACAGCCACAAUUUUUGCCCAUGUGUUUUAAAAUGCACAAAUUAUUCCCUCUCCGUUCUAAUUGUCAACAGUACUGUGUGUAGAUGCAAUGGAAGCUAUAGCUUUUGAAUAGUUGAUUAAAUAAUUUUGAAGAUAUUGUUAUCUUGAUUCUUAAGAUAAAUUUUGAAAUAUUCAAUCAUCUAAGCAAUAGAAAAUCAGUUGAUAUAAUUAUAUAUACAUGUAACUUUUUAAUGUGAUAAAAUCAUUUAUAUGAAACCAAUUGUCUCCCUAUGAUUGAAGAUAUCUGUAUAUAAUGAUGAGUGUACAAAAUAAUUUGUGAUGUUCUUUGAGUCAAAGCUUUAAUUAUUGUGCAUUUUAUUUAAAAAUAAUUAUAUUACUUAACAUUUCAUGAGUCAGUAAUAACUAAAGUGUAUCAGUUUUAACUUUUCUUGAAAUCCUCAGCUGGCCGAGUCAUAUAAAUUGCUAGUAAAUAUAAAUGAACAAAAAUAACAGUGAUAAUAAUACAUCUAAUGAUAUGAUUAUUAUGAAAUGAUGAAAUUGUUAGUCGUGAAAAAGGGGAGUGCCUCGUGGAGAGUGACUGCAAUCAGGAUUGUCCCAAUAGAAAAAUGUAAUACAAAAUCAUAUUUCAUAAUUACAUUUGAUAGUAUAUAACUGAUAGUUAUCAGAUAAAGAGAGUGUAUAAAUAUUGAUUAUAGACAAUUGUUGGCUGUUCAGAUGAGUAAUUUCCUGCUUUUAUUGUAUUGUAUCCUCAAGUAUUCUCAUUGUGUGCCUUUCCCUGUCUAUCAUAUUAAAGUAAAAUCAUUACUGAUUUGUCUUCAAACUUA